AUCGUGUCAUGUGCUCGAGGCUCUGUGUAUUGCUCGCACCGAUACAGAAACAUUGGGUAUUUUGGUGGGUGCGAGCGAGCAAGAGAGAGCGAACGACUCAAUCAUGAGGCACAUAAAACAACAUAAUCGUUAAAACUAAAUCGGUUCCGAUUGUAUUCAACACGCUACUCACUCACUCGCUCACUGCUCUGUGUCUCACACACCAGCCACCGUCGUCGAGCAUACAUAUGCACGCAAAACAAUACACUCGGUUCAGUUUUAUUUAAGUGCUACUAUUAUUAUUCCAUUAGAAGAAAUACCGAUUUCAUUCGCUUGUCAACUAUUCAAUAUGGCGGAUGUUUAAGCGAACAACUCAAAAUUUCAAUAGAGGAUAGCAAAAAAAACUCAUUUUUGUUAUUAGUAUUUACAAUCAGUUUCCACGGAAUUUUUGCUUUUUUUGAGUUUUGGUAUUUUAGUGGUUUUUUUGUUCGAAAUUGCUGGACAGUGAUUCAUUUAUAACAAAAAACAACGAAAAAAAAUUUAUAUUGUUCGGAGAAGUUCAAAAAUCAUCGAAAGAAUUUCACAGUUUGAGAAUUUUAAGCCGUGGUGUGUGCGUGAACCUUGGUUGUGCUAACAUCGUAAUUUUUUGUGGUCCAAACGCGAGUGGCUUAUUGAUUGUGAUUGAAAUCCUUCGGGACGAGAUUACACCGACAUCAAGUGAUCAAAUUAUUGUUGUGUUCGGUUGUUUCGAGCCGAUUUACUCAAAUAUUCUGUAUAUAAUUGAAGAAGCAAAGUAAGAAAGAUUGAUCAUCCACGGGAGAGCAACGACCACACGAUAAGCAAUAAACAACGAAACGAUUUGUUCGUUGAAUUGAUUCAAUUUCGCACUUCGUCGAAACAAAUUCUGAUAUUCGCUGCUCGGCGUCAUGGAGACCAUGGAAUAUGAAACUGCCCGGAAUUUGACGUUGCUAUUUUUUCUGGAACGAUUAAUGGAACGCGGUGAGCCACGCACCUUGCACGAUCUAUCGUGUCAGUUCGGUUCAAAAGGAUUCACAAAAGAAAUGCGUCAAAUAGCUGGCGGCAGUCAAUCAGGUUUAAAGAAGUUCCUUGCUCAGUAUCCGGCGAUUUUCGUUAUCGAUGGUGACCAUGUCUUAGUAAAUUCGUUUGAGAAAUCCGCGUCGAGUGAUAUGCUUGGCGGCGGCACUCGUGACUACAUACAAGAAUCAAAGGAUUAUUUCAAGCACAAAUUACUGCAGUAUGGCAUCGGCACAGAAGUUCCAAUCAAAAGUCUUCUCGGUCAUCGAAGUCAAGCAUCACCACAAAUUCGACACAUCUCAGGUCAGCAUAUCAAAGAGUUUACGGAGUUUUUGAGCAAGCAUACCGACACAUUUCAAAUCAUUGACGAAUGUGUUGUCUUGGUUGGCUGUGAUGAUUUACAAGAACUUCCACUAUCGGAACGUCUCCAUUUACCACAACCAUCGAUCGAUACGGUGGCCACACAACAAAUGUUGGAUUUCUUUGCGUCAUGCAUCGAAUCGAAAGGUCCGAUUCUUGUCGAUCAGCUAUUCCAUUUAGUCACCGCGACAUUUCCGCAAGAGCAAUGGUUCUCGAUGUUCAAAACGCCGUGUGAUUUGAGCACAUUUCUGAAAUUGUUCUCGAAUUGUUUUCACAUUCAGUCGAAUCUAGUCACAUUGCUACAAAAGCCGGUUCUAUCGGAUCUGCACAUUCAGCAACAAACGGCCCGCGCCAAAGAUUGUCUGAACAAUAACUAUACAUCGGCCGCAUUGACACCAUCCACGCAGCAACGUACCCAAUCGCCGGUGUCUCGUGGUACAACUGUCGGUGAUUUUAAGCUUAACGAACCCGUCUCGAAUGUGAAAGUGACGACAAAUGGCGGCAGCGGUGGCAUCAAUAACAAUGUGUCCACUAACAAUAAUAACAAUAACAAUAACAAGAGUGAGCCAAACAGCGGCUUCGACAGUUACAUUCCGGAGUUCGAUAUAAAAAUGGAGAAUUUGUGCGAAAAUAACUGCCCGAAAAGCGCCAACAACACACUGUUGUCAACAUCCGAACCGAAUUCAUUGACACAGAUUUCCGAUACAUCGUCACCGCUAUCGAAUCGUAGUCCAGCCAUGUCACCAAUACCACCAGCCACAGCCACAGCCACACCAAACGAUCGAGCCAAUUUUGCGGGCAACAAGAACCAGUCACUCAAACAGCGCAUCAACAAUCUGGUCAUCAAAACGCUGGCCGAAAACGAAAAAGACAAGCAAAACACUGCCAUUAGCGUGCACUUGACUAAUCAAACAAACAAUGCAAAUACCGUGGCCAAUGCCAAUACGACAACAACAGCAGCAGCAGCAACAACGAACACGACUGGGUCACAGUUGACACCGAGCCCGGUGAAAAGUGCGAGCGACAACAGUGCCAACAAUAUGUUUAUCGGUGAUACGUGGAAAAUUAAAGUAUUGCAGAACACACGAGUCAUUGCCACGGUUAAUGAGAGUCAAUUUGUGACCGAAGCGAUCGCAAAGUCGGCCACCAAGGAUGAACCGGUUGUGAUUUCGGUCGAUUGUGAGGGUAUCAAUUUGGGACUCAAGGGAGAACUAACGCUGGUCGAAAUUGGCACCGUGCGAGGCGAAGCAUUCAUUUUUGAUGUGCUACAGUGUCCAAACAUUAUGACUGAGGGUGGCUUGAAAGCAUUGCUCGAAAACGAUAAUGUGAUCAAAAUCAUUCAUGACUGUCGCAAUGAUUCGGUCAAUCUGUUUGUACAAUUCAAAGUAUUACUUCGGAAUGUCUUCGACACGCAGUCUGCCCACGCUUUGCUUCAGUACCAAGAACAAAACAAGCAGGUGUACAAAGUGAAAAAUGUUUCAUUGAAUACGUUGUGUGAGAUUUAUAACGCACCAAAGAAUCCGAUGAAAGAUCAACUCAAGAAUAUUUAUCGACGCGAUCAAAAGUACUGGUCUCGGCGACCAUUGUCCAGAGACAUGCUACUUUAUGCAGCCGUCGAUGUGCUUGUUCUCAUCAAUGAGCAACUCUAUGCCAAAAUGUCAGAGGCAAUUAAACCGGAAUUUAAAGGCUUACUGUCGGAAUUGUGUACUGAACAAAUACUGAUGCUGAUCAAACCAAGCGAGGUGCGAUCACGAAAGAAGCAACGCAAACUUGGCACAGAGGUCGCUGAUCUGAAACAAAAAUUGAGUCAAUCGAACAAGAACAUUGUAUUGAGCAAUCGCGAAAUUCGUCUUCUACGGUAUCUGGAUUUGACGGAAGAGGAGAAAGAAAAAUUGCGAGGUUCACACAAGGUGGCCAGAAAGUUGGAGAAGCUCGAAAGCAUUGGCCAAGAUCGUUCAAACAGCGAUUCGGAAGAUGACGUCGAACCAGACACGGUUGAUCAAGAAUAUCCAAGUUUAGACAGUGUUCCAUCAGAUAAUUCGUUACCAGGGCCAACAACAUUCUCUCCGCGCAACUCAGAGCCACCCAGUUUGACCGAAUCGAUGCAGCUUAUGGACGAAAUUUUGUCCGACAAAACAAUGGACCGUAUCGAACGAAUCGAUAAAUUAGAAGCAAUCUUGUCCGCAGCAACACUGUUGCCUAGCGAUCCGGUGAUCACAACUCUUCCAAACCUAACCGAUACGCAAUCCAACUCAAGCAGUUCCUACGACAGUUUUCAAUUCAUCAAAACGGAGCCGAAACGAUGCUGCCUAUGCAAUUGUCAGAACAACAAAGUCCAGAUGAACAAUCAGCGCAACAUUAACCUCAACGCAACCAACAAUCAUGUGCUGGGCUCAAAUGUGAAAUUAGACGCAGGCUGUCAAACGCUAAGCACCGGCGACAUUGUCAUCAUGAAGGUGUACUUCAAAGAGGAUCAAGAGAAGGGCACCGAACGUGUCAUCGUUUCGUCUCCAAAACGAUGUGCUCAAUGAAUAGACUUUUUUCUCCAUUGAAUUAAUGUAUUCACGUACUGAAUAAUAUACAACAACAGGAACAACAACAAAGAAAAAAAAAUUGAAACAAAAUCCUCACUAAUCACCCAAUAUACUAAGUGUAGAUAAAUUGUGCGGUGAAUAUCGAAUGAAACUAUCAAGAUUGAAUACGGUUUACUCGUAAAUUGUCACUCAGAUUGAACAAAAUGAUGACGUCAGGAUUUGAAACCAGUUUGUAGAAUGCAAAUCGACAUUUCGGUUGAAAUUAUUAUGUAAAUAUAUUUGAAGUUUAAUCGCAGAAUUUUUUUUGAUAGAGUAAAACGGAGAGAGAGAUAGAGAGAGAGAGAGAGAGAGAAAGAGAGAGAGAGAGAGAGAGAGAUGAGAUCCAAAAUUAAUAGAAUUAUAGAAAAUGUGAUUUCGUCGAACGAAUGGAACAUAUCAUUUUGACGAUGAGCAACAUUUCUAAUCACUUAACAAAUCAAAGGGAACGAGUCAAUUGUAAAAUCAAAUAAACGAAGAAUGUGAAAUGGCUGUACUGUAAUCGGCCAAGAUUAAUGCAGCUAAUGAAAUAUCCGGCACGUUUAAGUGCCAACAGACAGAAAAAAAGAAACAAACCAGAAUUCCGGCUCAAUUGAUGUGUUUUUUUCCCGACUUAUCUUUCUUAACAACACACAUAAGUAUUGGAACGAAAUAUAUUAUGGCAAACAUUAAAUCAUGAAUAAUAAUUUAACAACAAACAAUUCUAAUCAUAUCAAAAAAAAAAAGAAAUGAGAUAAUAAUUUAUUUUACAAAACGGCAGUGAUCACACAGCUUACUAUGAGCUGAACAAAUAUGCACUCAUUUUUCUCCCUUGUUGUUUAGUCUUCCGAAUUAGUUUUAAAAAAAGAACGAAAAAAUUGUUCAACUUUUGUUGCAUUCGCUCAUCCCGAUCGUUUAUCGGUUUCUUCCCGUUAUUUUCUUCUUUUUUUGAGUUCGAGAAAUAUUUAACGUAAAUAUUAAAGUCCCGCGCAGUGCCUUUGCAAUUAACUAGAACAAUCAUUUGAGCACAAAAUUUAGUUACAAUAGAUAUAUCAUCGUGUGUUUGAUGAUUCGAUUCGACACACUGUUUCAAAACCAAUCAAGCGACAACAUAAAAACCACGUUGAACUGCGAAAAGUGAACCCCCCACACUCUGACAAAAUGACACAGUAUUUAUGCGGGCAAAUGCUACCUGUGUGUAUUAUUAAUCAACAGCAAUAUUUUGUAUAUACAUAAUUCAUCACAUUUACUACAAAAAGCAAUUCUUGGGAAAUCUCUUUGCUGAUUUUUUUUUCUAAUUUUAGAUUUAAGAUGCCAUAUUAUAAUUUAGUUGAUCAAUUCAAAUUUAAUAUUUAUCCUCAUACGGAAUCAAAUGGAAUUGUAACUGAAGAAUUAAUUUGGAGAUGGGAAAAUGCAGAAUCAAUCAUUUUUUUGCUUUUGAAAUCAUGAGAAACAAAAACGUUACGGAGCAGCUUUGUUAUCGAAAGAGAGAAAUGGCUCAGAUUUUUUUUUUAACAUUUGAAUUAGAUAUAUUGAACAUUUCGGUCUAUUGGCAUCACAUAUUGAUACAUAUAUUUUGUUUUAUUUAAAUUAAAUUUCCUUCGAUGAAAUUUUUUUUUUUUUUGUAAAAAAAUGAGUGGAAAUUAUUUGAAAAAUAAAUUAUUGUAUUUUGUUAA